AAUGAGAUCUGCAAGUACCUCUUCCAAGAGGGGGUGCUGUAUGCCAAAAAGGACUACAAUCUGGCGAAGCACCCGCAGAUUGACGUGCCGAACCUCCAGGUGAUCAAGCUCAUGCAGAGCUUCAAGUCUAAGGAAUAUGUCAGGGAGACCUUCUCGUGGCAGCAUUACUAUUGGUACCUCACCAACGAUGGCAUCGAGUUCCUGCGCAACUUCCUCAACCUGCCAUCUGAGAUCGUGCCUGCCACUCUCAAGAAGUCUGCCAGGCCUCCUGGCCGCCCUCUUGGCUCUGGCCCACCUGGUGACCGCCCAAGGGGGCCACCUCGCUUUGAGGGUGACAGACCUAGGUAUGGUGACAGGGAUGGCUACCGUGGCGGUCCUCGUGGUGCACCUGGUGACUUUGGUGGUGAGAAAGGUGGAGCCCCUGCAGAGUUCCAGCCAUCAUUCAGGAGCUCUGGUGGUGGUGGCUUUGGCCGUGGUGGUGGUGGCGGCUUUGGCCGUGGUGGCGGCGGUGGUGGUGGCUUUGGCGCUAGCCCAAUGGAGUGAACUUCCCCCUAGUUUGGAUGUGAUGUUUUUGAGUUUAAGUUUUGCAUGAUGGUUUUAUGUAGUGAUGUUUGCGAGAUCGAUCAGUCUACAUAUCUAUAAUAUGCUAUCUUGAUUCACUCCAGUAAAAUAGCUCUGCGAAAUACUUCUGUUUC